GAAUUCACCUAUUCUACAAGGCAGAGGUCAUCAAAAUAAAAUAAUGGAGGAGCAUUCUGCCAAUGAUCCAUCCAGAUCAGGCUUUGUCCUGGCUGACUACGCUGUCUUUGCCACCAUGUUGUUGGUCUCCAUGGCCAUAGGACUCUUCCAGGCCCUGAAAAAAAGGCCAAGGAAUGCCACUGCUGAUGACUUCUUCACUGGCGGUCGGAGCAUGCCAGCAGUGCCUGUCGGCUUGUCGCUCUGUGCCAGUUUUAUGUCAGCAGUCCAGGUUCUGGGUGUUCCUGCUGAGGCUUCCCGCUACGGCUUUAAAUUCCUCUACAUGUGCCUCGGACAAAGCAUCAACUCCCUGCUGACAGCUUACCUCUUCAUGCCAGUUUUCUUUCGACUCGGCAUCACCAGCACCAAUCAGUAUCUGAAGAUGAGAUUUGGCAGAGGGAUGCAGCUGUUGGGGAGCAUCCAGUUUAUUGUGGCAACGCUGCUUUACACAGGGAUCGUCAUCUAUGCACCAGCCUUGAUCCUCAACCAAGCUACUGGACUCAGUUUGUGGGUGUCUUUGUUUUCUACUGGGAUCAUUUGCACCCUGUACACCACACUGGGGGGCAUGAAAGCUGUGAUCUGGACUGAUGUGUUCCAGAUCAUUGUCAUGUUGUCCGGCUUUGUGGCCAUUUUUAUCCAUGGCACAGUUCUGGUUGGCGGUCCUGCAAAGGUGCUGGAGAUCGCCAAGAAUGGAUCACGCAUUAAUUUUAAUGAUUUCGAUGUUGACCCACGGCGACGCUAUACCUUCUGGAGCCUCUCUGUCGGGGGUGCGUUGGUCUGGCUGUCCAUGUACAGUGUAAACCAAGCUCAGGUGCAGCGCUACAUCUCCUGCAGAUCAGAGAGAGCUGCCCGAUGGGCACUGUUUGUGAACCAAGUGGGUCUGUGCCUCAUUGUAAGCAGUGCGGCAACCUGCGGCAUCGUCAUGUUCGCACAUUACAUCAACUGUGAUCCGCUGAAGUCUGGGAGAAUAUCUGCUCCUGAUCUGUACAUGCCAUACUUUGUGUUGGACAUAUUCAGAAAUCACCCAGGCUUUCCAGGUCUUUUCCUCGCCUGUGCGUACAGUGGUACUCUGAGCACGGCCUCCACGAGUAUCAACGCCAUGGCUGCAGUAACGAUGGAGGAUCUGCUGCGAUCUCGUCUGGUCCACAUGACCCAGAAGAAACUAAUCCUUGUUUCCAAAGGACUGUCUUUACUGUAUGGAAUUGGUUGUAUCACUGUAGCUGCUCUCUCCUCCUUCCUGGACUGGGGAGUUCUGCAGGGAUCAUUUACUGUCAUGGGUGUGGUCAGCGGUCCAUUACUGGGCGUAUUCAUUUUGGGGAUGUUUGUUCCAGCAACAAACAGGCUGGGGGCAUAUUCGGGAAUAUUAGUGGGCUUCUGUGUUUCUCUGUGGCUGGCUGUCGGUUCCACUCUUUACCCACCCAGUGCAGAGACGAUGGGUGUCCUGCCCAGCUACGCAGGCGUGUGUCAACCUGACAACAUCACCAUGACCAGCAGCCCGAACCAGGACCAGCACUCCAUCUCCACCGCCCUUCACCCUGAUAACCAGGGGGGCCUGCAUAACUUCUACUCCAUGUCCUACCUCUACUUUGGUGCUAUGGCGACUAGUUCAGUGGUAAUAGUUGGCCUGAUAGUGAGUUAUGCAACAGGACCAACAAAGAGGAGUCAUAUUAAAGAGGGUUUAUUGUGGUGGGACCUGAAAAAAAAGCAAGUGGAGGUCCCGUCAGAACAAAGAACUGGAACAAUGUCCAGGAUGUUUCCCUGUCUUCAGCGCAAUGCAUGCUUGGAUACUCUGCAGUCGUCCAUGAACCCGGAUAAGAAUAACAGGGGAAACAAGGUGACAGAAAAACCUCAGCUGGUGCCUUUGAGGAAUCUGCACAAAGAUGAUGCAAAUGAAAAAGAAGAACUGAGAGAUGAUGAAAGCAUUAAAUCACCACUCAAAGUGUAGAUGCUGGACAAGAUUUUUUUUAUUCUAACAAGCACUAAUGCCAGCAUUUCCUCUCUAGUAGCUGUAAUCAUUUGUAGCACUUGCCUAUUUUUCUCUUCAGUUCAACACAUUAAUUCCUCAAGUUUUGUCUUUUAAUUGGUUCUAAGCCCCACAUUAGGAGCUACUUUAAAAAUGUAUUCUUUAAAUUGUGAUGGAAUAAAGACGGCCUUUAUUAUUGUGCUGAGGAACAUAUAGACUGUGAUCAAAUACCCUCAGGUGUUAUUUGAAUUCCUCUCAUGUUCCUUUCAUCAAGACAUUCCCUCUGGUAUGUUACAUAUCUGUAACAGUGCACACCUGCACCUCACCCAGUAUAAAUGGAUAUGUGACAGAGAGCUUGUGGUAAAGUGAGUCUGGUCUUUGUGUGCAUACUUUAACUGGAAUUCAGCUUUUAUUCCCUUAUUCUCCGCUCUGUGAUCAUGCCUUUACAUUAUGUUUGUUACUGAAAUUAACCUAAAGCCUCCUCUUUAUGCUCUCUCUAUGACUCAGGCAGUAAUAUUUGCUGGUACAACUCCAAUAAAUGGGAGAUUAUCUAGCCAGUUGUGGCUUUUGACAUAAAUAUGUCCCAUUUGCUACCUUUCAUAUUUGUCAGGUCACUUAUUGAUUCUGGUUUCAGUUGAGGAUUAAAGUGAGACUAAACAACUUUUAAAAUAAGAAAUAACUCAACCUUCCUCUCACAAAUGAAAAUUUAUAAGCAAUAAAACACCAUCUAGUUCAGUUCAAUGUCCUCAGGGGUUUUGCUGCUUAGUGAACCGACUUUAUGACUUUUCUGUUUUACUGUUACACUACCUUUUAACGUUACCAUUGUCCCAUAAUCUCCAGUUGUUACAUCUGUUCAACAAAAGUUACAUAGACUGGCUUUAACUAAGGUAUUAGGAGUUUUCAACGUGAAAUAUGAAAGAAACAUCUCCUAUGUAUUUUUGUGUUGGUUUGAUAGAACGUGCCUAUUGAACAACUUUAUAACAAUCAUAAGUAAAAUGUGACAGCUUUCUCCGUUCCAUUUCUUGUCAAUAUGUCAUGCAUGCUUGGCUCACAGUAAGAUAGUGGUGGCUACUUUGGUAAUGAUGGCCUGUUAAAACUUUGCUCUGGCUCUUCAAAGGCCUAUGGAGGCUUUUGGGACACCUUCAAAGAUCGACAGCUCAUCAAAAUAACUGAUAAGUGUCGGUUCAGGUGUAUUGUCAGCAGCAUUUAGAGUCCAAAAUUUAUUAAAGAGUGAGAUUUAUAUACAAUAUGCUAUUUUUUAAUGUACAUUUUGGUUAACCUGCUUAAAGAGGGGAAUGUAUGUACUGUGGUUGUGUAAAUCUGUUUUUUUAACCUUAUUUCUUUAUGAAUACGACAUCGUUCACACUUUAACAAUGGAAAUAAAAUACAGUACACUGAGUAGCUACAACAAUUUGGAAAUAGUGUUACAGAUGGAGUUAAGCAUAAUAAAUAUUAUUAUUUUAUUUCCACUUGUAAA